AUGUUAAGACUAAAUGAGGAGUCUGAUGGAAGCAGUUCUCAGCCUGCCCCCCAGGAUGAUUCCUUGGAAAAUUAUAGUCCUGAUGAAGUUUCCGACGAAGAGUUGAACCUGUGUUCAGACACAUCAUACCUAGAAACUACGCAUCAAGAGGAUUCAGAUGAAAACAACUGCCAAGUGGUAAAUUUAGCUACAUUCUUGAGGAACUGGAGUAUGCAGUAUAAUAUAUCACAGCAAGCUUUAAAACCACUUUUGCACAAAAUGAACAAUUAUGAUCGAACGCUUCCGGAAUGCCCAAGACGACUUCUUCGCACUCCUAGGAUAAAUCCAACAAUUAUUGAUAUUGAAGGAGGACAAUAUUGGCAUCAGGGCUUAGAAAAUUGUCUCCGUAUGUGCUUCCCGGAAUUAACAGAGCCAUUGUUGGUGGAAAUCAACAUCAACAUUGAUGGAUUACCAUUGUUUAAGAACGGUACUAACCAGGUUUGGCCCAUAUUAUUCAGCAUACACGGAUUCUUUUCUUUAAAACCAAUGAUAAUUGGCAUUUUUUACGGAAAAAGCAAGCCAAAAAAAGUUGAGGAACCUUUACUGACAUAUGGUAUUAACGUAAAUGGAGUUGAAUUAAUGGUUAAACUGCGGGCUAUAAUAUGUGAUUCUCCUGCUAGAGCAUUCGUUAAAGGUGUUGUAAAUUUCAAUUCACUGCAUGGCUGCAUGAAAUGUUGUACUAUUGGACAGCAUUCAACUCUUUUACGAACCAAUAUUUUUCCACAAACAUUUGCCGCCAAAAGGACCGAUGCUGCAUUCCGGAGUGGGUUAUAUGAUAAACACUACCAAAUUUACAAACUUGAAAAUGGAAAAUUGAAGAGAACACCUGUUGUUUCACCACUCCUUCAACUACUAAUCGACAUAGUUGAAGAUGUGAUAGUGGCUGAUUCAUUACACCUCCUACAUCUAGGAAUAAUGACGAGAUUGAUUCUGGCAUACAAAGACGGCCAUAAUGGAAGCGAUAAAAAGAAAUUCAUUGAAAAGUGCGUGGCGUAG